CUCUGUGUGUGAGGCUUUCCCAGAUACUGCCCAAGCCUCUUCCCUCCCUCGUUUGCACCUCAUUCCUGUAGCCCUGUUGUUUUGCUCUCUCCUCCAUCUUGCAAGCUGCUCCUUGCUGACAUGGUGCAGACCCUGCACUGAGUCCCCCUUCCCCUUGUCUUCCCCAGUGUCACCUACCACCUGGGCUACGACAGGGAGGAGCUGAUGGGUCAGUCGUGGUACAGCCUCCUGCACCCCGAGGAUGCUGACCUGGCAGCCUCCCAGCACAGGGCUGUGGCACUCGGGGCCGGCGCCGCAGCAGACACCGCGGUGCUGCGCGUCCUGCGCAGGGACCGCACCUGGGCCUGGCUCCACGUGUCAGCGCGGCGGGACGGCGGGGGCCGCGCCAUCGCUUGCACCGGCCGCUGCCUCAGGGAGGAGGAGGCGGCCUAUCUGCGCGCCCGGCAGCACCGCCGCACGCCCCGCACCGCGGCCCCGCCGCCUGCCGCCGCCCCGCCGUGCCGGGAGCUCAGCCUGCUGGCCGCUCAGCUCCGCGCCCUGGCUGACAGCCUCUCGCCGCCCGCCGCCGCUGCGGCCUGGCCCGAACCCGAGGCCUACCCGCCGGCCGCGGCGCCGGCCUGUCUCCUAGGCAACGGGCUGGAGGGGGCGUGGCCUGAAGCCGCGCACGCGCGCUACGCGCCCUGCCUCCACCAAUAAACGCCUUUCCCCACC